AAUUUUACAGUCCCAAUCAAAAACCCUAAAAGCUAGAUCGAAGAAGAUUUUGACGCUCUCUUUCUCUCCCAAUCGUCGUAUCGUCGUCUCUUCUUUGGCUAUCUCAUGGCGACCAUUCCGGUUAACCCGAAACCAUUCUUGAACAACUUGACCGGCAAGACUGUUAUCGUCAAGCUUAAAUGGGGAAUGGAAUACAAAGGUUUCCUUGCCUCUGUUGACUCCUACAUGAACUUGCAGCUGGGAAACACCGAGGAAUACAUCGAUGGACAAUUGACAGGGAACCUUGGAGAGAUCUUGAUCAGAUGCAACAAUGUCUUGUAUGUCCGAGGUGUGCCAGAAGAUGAAGAACUUGAAGAUGCUGAUCAAGACUAGAGGACUUAGAAAUUGCCGCCCGUCUGUAUUUUUUAGUCUUGUAUUCUAAUGAGCAAUUCAACCCAGUUUGUGAGAUUUCAGUAUGAUGUUCUUGAAUCUUUUGACUUUGUUGAUACCUCGAAUGUAACAAGCCGUUUAGUUUUAUGAUAAAACCAACUUCCUGCCGGGUUUUAUAAGUUUA